AUGCUGCAGCAAGCGGGAAUUAAGUUCAAGGCAUUGCCAGAUGAAUCCUUGCUUGACAUAAGAGCCUGGAAACCUAUCUCAGAAGAGCAACAGAUUUCAGCCAAGAGAGGGGAGUUACAUAUGCCUCCCCUUGAAAUGGACAACAAUACUGAAUGUCUGCUCCGAAACCUCAUGGCGUUGGAGCAGCUACAUUAUCCAGGAGAGGAGUACAUUUGUCGUUAUGUUAAACUACUCGAUUUCCUGGUGGACGUCGAAAAAGAUGUGGAUUUGCUCAUUGAAAAUAAAGUUAUUAUUAGCAAGCUUGGUGACAGUGAAGCGGUGACGAAUCUUGUUAACAGACUUUGCCGAGAAAUGGUAGAAGUUUCUUCCAGUUUCGACCCUCUCUCCAAACUGCUAAACGAUUACUAUGAGAGCUCCUGGAACAAAAACAAGGCGUACUUGGUAAGUGUGUAUUUCAAAAAUGUUUGGAUAGGCACUGGUACUGUUGCUGGAUUUCUCAUCCUGGCCAUCACUUUGGCACGGUUUAUCCUGUACUUUGUGCGUUAG